AUGAACUCGUUUUGGACAUCGGUUUGGUCGGUUACGGUGCUACUUGCCACUGGUUUGAAAGUUCAAGUCGCGCCUCCGUCUGGAAUGCCUACUGCCAUUGCAAGUUCUAUGGCUCCUGUCACUGAAGCUUCCGAGCAAAGAGCAGCGGUGGCUUGUGGUUCCCGCAUUCGCAAGUCGUGGGACAUGCUUCUUCCAGAGGAGAAGGAUGUUUACUUGCGUGCAAUUGCGCGGUCCAUGGACGACGGCUACUAUAUCAAGUUUGUAGAGAUCCACACGGAGCAAAUGACGACGGCUGAGGCGCAUAACACGUGCAUGUUUGUCUACUGGCACCGCCUGUUACUCUUGGGGUUUGAGAACAUGCUGCGGAGCUACGGCGGUGAGUUCUCUUGCAUCACGGUGCCCUACUGGAAUUACGUGGAAGAUAAUGAGCGCUACAUGAUGGGCGCAUGCCGAAGCAUGGAGGAAUGUUCGCCCCUCUUGCAAGAGUUUGGCGGAUCGCGUAGAGGCACUGAUGGCUCCAUCACCAUUAACGGAUCCCCCAUCAGUGGCACGUGUGUGACGACGCCGCCUUUGAAUCAUUUCUGUGAGGCCACGCAUCUUAGCAGCGAAAAUUGUGCGCACUGUGUACCUCGAGGUGACUGGCUCGGCUCUCCCUUCCCACCAACGACGACAGUAAGCUCACUCGCGCGUCAGCUUUUUGACACUCCGACUAUCGCUGGUGUCGUGGGCAACCUGGAACUGGGCAUUCAUAAUACCAUCCACAACGCUCUCUCGGGAGCGAUGGGUUUCUUGGAAGCGCCAGCCGACCCAAUUUUCUUUUCGCACCAUUCUACGAUUGACCUGCUGCAUUCGAUUUACUACAAGUGUGUAGUUGGCAACACUGUUUCGAUUCCGCUGGAGCAGAAGUUGAGAGACCCUCGAGUGUUUACAGAAUGUCCACGACGUCGGCCACUUCCGGUCAACGCGAGGGAUCAGAACAUUCUAUCUCCGCAGUCAAGCAUCCUGCUGCGGACAGGUGAAGAAGGAGUGAACCCCAUGUCGGUGUUUUCACGGGAUAACAUGUUGGCCCCAUUUUUCUCAGCGCUUCCGUCAGAGUACCUGAGUUUCUCGGACAUUCGCGACAUUGGUGUUUUCAGCUACAACUACGAGAUGACGGGGUUGCUGGCUGAGAUGUUCACUUCAUGCCCCGGUGCUGGUGCCGUACGAGCUGGUUUGCCACUCCGUAACCUUGCAAGUUUUGCGAACGCCACGGAGAACAAGUCGAAGUUCGUGGAAGCGGUGAUUGUUCCUAACAACAAGACGGUGGACAGUUGGUACAGCGAGGCACUAGCAGCAGCAUCGAACCUAUCAUCGGUUGAGACUGUGAUGACAGAGGCUUCACAAGACUCACUUGAUGCGAUCCGAGAUGUGGAAAAGAUGACUUGUGUGUUCUAUGACGAGUGCCGUGACGGUGUGCACGACUUCAGUGACGACUUCCGGCACAGCUUCCAUGCGAGUGGCUCAUCGCCGUGCACCACUAUUCUCGCCGACAUCAAAAGCGGUCGUGAUCAUAUUCGAACGCCUAACUGGCGCUCCAUCUUUCUCAGUCACAUGAAGUGCGAUCGCGGAAGCUCGUGA